ACGCGACCAUAGAUAAUCACUGUAGCUACAACCUCGCCGUAGGUGGGUCGGCUCAAUGGCAUUGUAAUGCCUCGCCGCGAUUCCACGAUUAGCUAACAUGUUACUAUAGUUAGAAAAUCAUCAAUAGUGUUGACAUAAAGUAACUUCGUAAUUAGAACUAGUGAUGUGUUAAUUGGAUCUGUGUACACCUUGAAGAAUCUGGAUCUGAUUUAAACUAGACCCUUAGUGUCCUUGUAUAAAUUUAUUUAUUUGUAUAUUUUAAUGUACUGCUGAUCAGCUGUUUGGAAUAUAACUUAAAAGACAAUGUCACGAAGAAGGUUACUUGUUGGAUGUACGGCGGGAUUGACGGGUGCAGUUCUUGCAUCAUGGGCACUGUCAGCAGACGAUUCUCCCGCGCAUUGGUACAAGCCUGCAACAGUAUCAGCAAAAACAGAACGCAAGAAGCGCCCUCUGCCAUCGCGGACGGACCAAAUCAAAAAUCUUCAAGCGGGUCAUACUUAUGACAUCCUCAUUAUUGGAGGUGGUGCUACUGGGGCUGGGUGCGCCCUGGAUGCUACAACACGAGGCCUCCGAACGGCGUUAGUAGAGUCCGAUGACUUCGCCAGUGGAACAUCCAGCAGAAGCACAAAGCUGAUCCACGGUGGAGUGCGAUACUUACAGAAGGCGAUAAUGCAGCUCGACUAUGAGCAGUACAAAAUGGUCAAAGAGGCGUUACACGAACGUGCUAACAUGCUGGAAGUGGCCCCACAUCUGACGAGACCUUUGCCCAUCUUACUACCAGUAUAUAAAUGGUGGCAAGUACCCUAUUACUGGUUCGGUAUCAAAAUGUACGAUAUAGUUGCGGGAGACAGAAACUUGAAAAGCUCAUAUUAUUUAUCCAAAAAGAACACUCUAGAACUGUUCCCCAUGUUAAAGUCGGACAAUUUGUGCGGAGGCAUCGUAUAUUAUGAUGGUCAGCAAGACGACGCUCGAAUGAAUUUAGCUAUAGCGUUGACUGCAGCGAGGCAUGGCGCAACAAUCGCAAAUCAUGUCCGCGUUCUGAAAUUGCACAAAACGGCGGGAAAAUUGAGCGGGGCCAGAGUUCGGGAUGAGCUUACAGGAAAAGAGUGGGAUGUAAAAGCUAAAAGCAUCAUCAAUGCAACUGGACCCUUCACGGAUUCUAUCAGAAAGAUGGAUGACCAAACUAUCAAAGAGAUUUGCUGUCCAUCAUCUGGCGUGCAUAUUGUAUUGCCUGGAUAUUAUAGCCCCGAGCAUAUGGGUCUUCUAGAUCCUUCAACGUCAGAUGGUCGCGUGAUCUUCUUCUUGCCGUGGCUGAAGGGAACCAUCGCCGGUACCACUGACCUGCCCUGUGAGGUCACCCACAACCCCAAACCUACAGAAGACGAGAUCCAGUUCAUCCUUACUGAAGUCAGAAAUUAUCUUAAUCCUGAUGUUGAAGUCCGUCGCGGCGACGUGCUAUCUGCGUGGUCUGGUAUCAGACCGCUAGUGUCGGACCCCAACAAGCCAGACACGCAAUCGCUCGCCCGUAACCACAUCGUGCACGUGUCGCCGUCUGGUCUGGUCACCAUCGCCGGCGGCAAGUGGACCACCUAUCGCGCUAUGGCCGCUGAGACUGUGGACGCAGCUAUUGAGAGUGCUAGCUUGAAGCCUCUCUUCCGUGAAUGCCAGACUGAUGGAUUCUUAAUUGAGGGUGCCCACGGUUGGACUCCCACUAUGUAUAUCCGACUUGUACAAGAUUUCGGCCUUGAAAUGGAGGUCGCACAUCAUUUGGCUAAAUCCUAUGGAGAUCGUGCGUUUGCUGUUGCAAAAAUGGCAGCAAUGACAGGCCAAAGGUGGCCAGUUAUUGGCAAGAAAGUUCACCCUGAGUUCCCCUACAUUGAUGCUGAAAUUAGGUAUGGUGUCCGCGAAUACGCCUGCACGGCAAUCGACAUGAUCGCCCGCCGGCUGCGUCUCGCCUUCCUCAACGUACAAGCAGCUGCUGAAGCUUUGCCCACCAUUGUGGACAUCAUGGCGGAGGAGCUCAAGUGGAAUGAGGCUGAGAAACAGCGACAAAUCAAAAUGGCGCAAGAUUUCCUGGCAAACGAGAUGGGCCAGAUGGUGAACAGGGCCAGCCGCGACAAGAUCCCGAUCAACCUAAGCAAGGACGAGAUCCAGACUUACAUCAAACGGUUCCAAAUUAUCGACAAAGACAAGAAAGGAUAUGUCUCUAUUAAUGAUAUUAGGAGAAGUCUUAAGAACUACGGCGAGGAAGUUACCGGAGAGCAAUUGCACGAAAUAUUGCGAGAAAUCGACACUAACAUGAACGGACAAGUCGAACUCGACGAAUAUCUGCAGAUGAUGUCGGCCAUCAAAUCUGGUCACGUGUCGUAUUCCCGGUUCGCGAGGAUGGCUGAAAUGGAGGAAGAGCAUCACGAGAAGGAAAUGCUUAAGAAACAAAUCAGCGUUGAGAGGAGCGGCGGUGGCUUGUAGACAUAAGUCUACAAAAUCUUUGCAGAUAGCAAAGUUAACAACACAUCGAGUAAGAUUUUAUUGAAUAGACAUUUC